AUGUCUCUCCCGUUCAGCACCCUGCCCUCCACCGCGAGGGUCUCGCCGACCCCCUUCAAAGCCGACAUCCCCAAGGCCAAGCUCUCCGAGCUCAAGCAACUGAUCGAGGUCUCCAAGCUCGCACCACACACGUACGAGAACUCCCAGUCAGAUAGACGCUAUGGCAUCACGACCGACUGGCUGGUCACAAUGCGCGAGCAGUGGCUGACAUCCUAUCAGUGGAAGACCUCGGAAGACCGCAUCAAUAGCUUCCCGCAGUUCACCACCGACAUAGAAGGCAUCAAGAUCCAUUUCGUGGCUCUUUUCUCCGAAAAGAAGAAUGCAGUUCCAAUCUUGUUUCUUCAUGGAUGGCCCGGAAGCUUUCUGGAGUUUCUCCCUAUCCUCCAAAUGUUUCGGGAUGAGUAUACUCCCACUACCCUGCCAUACCACUUGAUCGUGCCCUCAUUGCCGGGCUACACUUUCUCGUCUGGACCUCCACUAGACCGAAACUUUGAGAUUACCGAUGUUGCCCGGAUCAUGGACCAGCUGAUGAAAGACGUCGGCUUUGAGAGCGGGUACGUUGCUCAAGGUGGCGACAUUGGCAGUCGCAUUGCUAGGAACUUGGCUGUAGAUCAUGACAGCUGUAAAGGUAUGAACGGUGCAUCGCUGGAAGUCAAUGUUUGUUUCAUGAGACGACCAGACGGCAUGUCUGAUGCCAACCUCAAUGCGCUUGAGAAGCGAGGUAUCCAGCGAAUGACCGAUUUUAUGUCCACGGGCGCUGGAUACGCCAUGGAGCAUGGUACGCGCCCGAGCACCAUUGGCCAUGUCCUAUCCACCAGUCCGGUAGCUCUUCUGGCAUGGAUCGGCGAGAAAUUCCUUGAAUGGGUCGACGACCCUCUGUCUCCCAAGGAUAUCUUGGAAUCAGUCACACUAUACUGGCUGACUGAGACAUUCCCUCGAGCAAUCUACGCCUAUCGGCUGAAUUACCCCCCGCCGCCUAUCCCGGCGAGCAAUGAUCCCCGUUGGUAUAUCAAGAAGCCAUUUGGAUUCUCUUCCUUUCCCAUGGAGCUCGCGCCGCUCCUCGCUCGUGGGUGGAAACAACAGGCAACUUGA